AUUUGCCAAGACACACAACACACGUCAACAUAUAAUAUGCGAGGGAUGAUAAAAAACAUAAGACGCGUUGCCUGAUGUGCCGACAUUUCCAACAGAAACACUUACAUCUCAAAUAUGGCUUAGGAUAGCAUGAUCAGAUAUGCGUUAGUUGCAUUGGGGUCACAAGGGAUCAAUGAAGCGAAGGACGGAGGACGUAUGGAGGCGAAAAGCCAUCAGUAAAAAGGCCAAGAAGAAUGGUAGGCGGCCGAUUGCUAUCUACGAAGACGAUGAGGAGGAGGAGGAGGAGGAGCUGAGCUAUCAACCAAAACGACGGACGACGGAGCGUGGUCGGAUGGCUCCGGCAAAUGAGGCUCGACAGCAGCGCCAUGUUACAGCAGCGGAACCUCCAGGCCUCUACAGCCGCCCUGCUUUGUUUCGCACUGCUUGGGACAGCCCAUCAUCUCACCAGCUGUCUCUGGCUGCCAUGGAUGUUGACAGCGAUCAGGAGGAUGGGUACGGCACCCCGCCACCAGCACCACGGCAACGGUAUCAACGGCAGCAAUUGCCACAACCAGCGCAGCGCCAGCAGCCCCAGCGGCAGCCUCUAUCCCCUCCACCUCCACCACAACGUCAGCAGCAGCAGCCCACGCCGCCGCCGCAGCUGCGACCACACCCCCAGCCGGUACAAAACCAUCAGCAGCGGCAGCAGCAGGCACCUCCACCUCCCCUACCGCAGCAGCAGCGCCAGCAGCCCAGCCGCCUCUGCAAACCCAGGAAGAACCGCUACAGGACCAUUGGCAGCGGCCGCCUCGAUCCCCUCCACCUCCACCACAACGUCAGCAGCAGCAGCCCACGCCGCCGCCGCAGCUGCGACCACACCCCCAGCCGGUACAAAACCAACGGCAGCCGGCACCCCCACCUCCCCCACCGCAGCGCCAGCCACCGCUCCCGCCUCAACAGCAACGGC